CUGCGUGAAGAAGUCAACGCCGUCAGGGCUGGCGUCAUCGGACUAUCGUGCGCUCUGCGUAUCCAGUCACUACUCUCUACCGCCCCAUCAGCCCAAUCAACAGAAGUCGUUGUCGCUUCGCAUGAAUGGCCGACCUCGAUCCCGGGCGCACCGCCGUCUCAUUCCCCCGACUACGCCUCAAUGUGGGCCGGAGCUCACGUCCGGCCCAUACCAGCCUCCACGCCGCAACUGGAGCGGGAAGCACGUUGGUUGAAGGAGACAGUUGUAAGAUUCGCACAGCAGCUAGAGGAGGAGCCUUCAAUAGGCCUUACACGUACGAAGGGUGUCGAAUUUCUGGAUGCGCCGCCGGUAGAGUAUCAGAAGCAGACGAAGGCGAGCUUUGACAGUGAGACGGGCUUGGGAGGCUUUAGGUUUUUGUCACAAGGUGAGAUGCCUGAUGGUGUCAAAUUGGGAUUCGAGUACGACACCUUUUGUAUGAACUCGCCCGUGUAUUGUGCAAAUUUGCUACGGCGUUUCAUCGCACACGGCGGGAAAACGGCACAGCGGGCCUUGAAGAGCGAGUGGGAAGGCUUUGCAAUAAGGCUGAAUGUGAAGCUGGUGGUUAAUGCGAGUGGAGCGGGCUUUGGCGAUGCCAAGUCCUUCCCUACGCGAGGUCAAACAGUCAUAACCGACUACAUAAGCGCUACAAAGACCAUAACGAGGCAGAACAAGGACGGGACGUGGAGCUUCAUCAUUCCGCGGUUCUUCAAUGGUGGUACUAUCAUAGGCGGUACGAAGGAGGUAGGCGAUUGGCACACAGAAGCGAGCCUCGAAACGCGGCAGUGGCUCUUGGAAGGUGGUUGUGGAUUGAUGCUUUACGCCGGUAACGCGUCGAGCAGUAUGACUGUAGAUAUUGCUCGGCCAGCCGUCAUCUCUGAUGUUGUUGGACGCCGACCCAUGCGUGAGGGUGGAAUGCGCAUCGAGUUUGAAGAGAAGCAGGCAGGUAUAGUUCUUCAUGCAUAUGGUGCUGGUGGACGUGGCUUUGAGUUAAGCUGGGGUGUAGCAAAUGAAGUGGAAGGGAUGGUGAAGGAGCUGCUCCCCAGCUUCACGGCCAUGAGAUCGAAGCUAUAA